UUGGUCAGUCUAUCCCUCUCACCGCCGACACUCCCCCCCACCUCAACCCCAUCAAGGCAACGACAUCUAGCUGCAGGUCAUCAUGCUGUCCGUCUUACCACAAUUAAUCCCUUCAUCUCCAUCUCCCACUUCCCUAUCCUCAUCCCCUACUUCCCCUCUCGUCCUAGGUUCAAAACAUCUUGACCUCACAUCCUGCGCACAACAAGAAGCCAUCGACAGGUUCUCAAAACUCGUCCUUCGCAGUAUCAACACCCGUCGCUCAGUAAGGUUAUACUGUUCCUUCCCUACCGAAACCCUGACCGACCUCGAGGAUCUCCAAGAACUCCGCGCUCGUGCGUUCGACACAAUCCACGCCGUCGUAGCACGUCUCCGUUCUCAACAUAUCUAUGCUACUUAUUCGCUCUAUCCCUCCCCCGAGCCACUCGUAAUCCUCAGCGCUGGAAAACAGCUCUCGGGUCUCACAGGGCUCGCUCCGAGCCAAGAACCUCUUGUGGGCGAUAUCGGCGUCCCAGUGCUCGUCAUCUCAUAACCCCCUCACCUCCCCCACAUCAAGCGCUCCGGUUCCAAGCUCAUCUCUGCACUUCAUACCAUGUACUUUUCCGUAUCCCACAAACCGAACUAAAGUAAAACACAUGCAAUACAUCUCUGACAAUUGUUGU